CCAUGCGCGAAUCACCUUAAAGUCGUUUUGUAAUUGCUUUUAUAUUUAACCUUAUAAGAGUGUUUUUGAUAUACGCGCAUUUUGUUCGCUAUUACAAAUAAUCGAUCGCUCUCAGAAAAUUUUUCUAAGUGAAGCAAGGUUCAGAAAGAGAGAGAAAAAAAACAAUGGAGAUCACACGGCAUGAUCAAGAAGAAGUGUACGAUUCAUCACGGAGUGGGGAUGUGGAAUACUUAAACAGAUUGAUUGAAAAAGACACAGAAAUUCUAAGGAGAAUAUCCCUGCAGACCGGAAAAACUGGAACCCCCUUGCAUGUUUCGGCUUUGCUCGGCCACGCUGAGUUUACCAAAGCCCUUUGCACUAAAAAUCCCAAACUUGCAGAGCGGGUGGACGCCGAUGGACGCACGCCCCUGCACUUGGCUUCUGCUGAGGGCCACAAGGAGACUGUCGAAGCUUUGUUAUCUGUGUAUGCUGAUGCGUGCUUGCGUUGCGAUGAAAAGGGAAGAAUCCCUCUUCACUAUGCAGCCAUGAAUGGAGAAGUUGAGGUGCUGCAGAAGUUGAUUGAUAAAAAUCCUGAGUCCAUUUAUGUCAAAGUUGAAAACAGAUCGAAAGAAACAGUUUUGCACUUGUGUAUUAAACACAACCAGUUAGAGUGCUUGAAAAGGUUGGUUGAAAGAGACGACAGCAAUGGUGAGUUCCUCAACUCAAGAGCUGGAUGUGAUGGUGGUGUGACCAUCCUGCACUUAGCUUUGAUGCUAAGGCAAAUUAAGACUAUACGUUACCUGCUUUCUGUUGAUGCUAUAAGAGCAGAAGCAACUGGUGUGAAUGGGAUAUCUCUGACCAUGUCAGAUAUCUUAGAGUACAGCAGCGUUACAAGAGAGGACUUUAGCAGAAGCUUAGAAAUUCAACAGAUUUUGAUGGACGCAGGAUUAAUCAGAAGGGAAAAUAAUGAAAAUGAUAAUCCUAACUCAGAUGUUGCCGCCGCUGCUGUUGUAGCACCAAAUCCAAGAAGGGUAAAGAAGAAAAAGAAGCUUCACAAACGAGUAGCAUCAUCGGAAAAGGGAUCAACGCCAGCAAGGAGGUGCUGGAUAAAAUUGAUGGAAUGGUUGAGAUAUCCGAGUAAUUGGGUGGUCGAUACACGUGGCAUGCUGAUGGUUGUGGCUACGAUGAUCUCGACGAUGACUUUUCAAGCCAUAGUCAACCCACCAGGUGGUGUUUGGGAAACUAAUAAUACAGAUACAGACACUACCAUUGAUUCUCCUGGAAUCAAUUAUUCUAAAACAAUUUGCACUGAACAGAGAACAUGCAUGGCUGGAACUGCAGUGUUAGGCUACAUUUGGGAAGAUCUCUUCGUCGAUUUCAUAAAUUACAAUACCAUCUCGUUUCUUGCUUCUUUGAGUGUCACCCUUUUGCUCAUUAGUGGAUUUCCUCUCCACAAUCGAUUUUGCAUGUGGCUCUUAUCGCUGUUCAUGUGCGUCACUCUCACAUUCCUGGCAUUCACCUACCUACAAGUGCUGCUCAUGAUUGUCCCUCCUUAUUUCGAUUUUUCAUAUAUAAGCAUUUACUUUAACUCUAAUAUAAGCAUUUACAGCUAUUCCGUCUAUCUUUGGAAUGGGUUGCUGGCCAUAGUCGGCGCAAUACACACUAUUCGGUUUCUUAUUUGGGUGACGAAGUGGUUGCGGUGCAUGUACUUCAGGUCAAGAUCAUGUCUCAAGAACAUGACCACUACUGGCUCCUUUUCAUGUAACGAUGCAACCCGUUUUGAAGAGAUUGAUGCGACUGCAGUUGUGUAAUUACUCCGCCGCGGUGUGUUGGCUUGAGAAAAUAAUUAACUAGGUCAGACACCCUGUUUGCAUGUAGCAAUUAGGAUUCGGGGUAAUGAACGAGGUCAAUGACGCUUUCUCGAUCUUACCUGGGUUGGUAAUUCAAGAGCGUCGGUUAGUUAUGAUAAAUAAUCCAUCUGCUAUGCAAAGUGGAAGUGUUUGUUGUCAUUGAUGCACGAUGGUAGCUACUUAGAGAAGUAGUAUUGUCUAAGGAAAUACUCUCUCAAGGUUUAAGGAUUAAUAUUGUAACUUGAUUUUGAUUGUAUUUCUGAUUUGUAGAGAUCUUUAAUUGUCAA